GGCGCCAUCGGGCGGUGAGGCUAAGUACUUAUCGGACCGCCCUCGUAUAGCAGUAAAUGAGAAACAAGUAAAAUAGAAAUGAGAGAAUAUAUACAUACUACUGAAAGAAAGUAUUUUUGAAGAUUGCAUUAUAUUGUUGUAGACGGUUAUAAAUGACAUAGUUGAACCUGCUCCUGCUCCUACUACAUCAUUGUUAAAUGAUACAGAACACAUUGAAGUAAAUGAGAAACAGAUGGUUAUAAAUAACACUGUUAAACCUGCUCCUGUUCUAAUUAUAUCAUCAUUAAAGGAUAAAGUGUGUACUUCACCUGCUAGCGAUACAAAAGAGAAAAUUGCUAAUAAGAAGUUGGAAGAAAGAAAUGAAAAACUGCAACAACGUAUAAUGCUCUUACGUAAACAAAAUAAGGUAUUGCGUUCACAAAUACAAUCACUCCAAAAGAGCGAUACGAAUAAUAAAUACAAACAAGUAUUAAAGAAGGUAUUCCACGAAGAUCAAAUAAAAGCGUUAUUAACAAAACACCGAAGUACAAAAUGUUGGUCUAAUAUAACUGUUUAACGUGCACUUAAGUUAAGGUUUGCGUGUGGUAUAACUGGAUAUGAAGAACUUCUGCAACAAAAAAUACCUCUUCUAAGUUUGCGCACUUUACAACGACGAAUAGAAAAUUUAAAAUUUGAGAGUGGUAUUUCAAAUGACAUGUUUCACUUUUUACAAAUGAAAGUGAGUACAUUUCAAAAUGAUACCGACAGAGAAUGUGGACUCGUUCUUAAUGAGAUGAGUAUAACACCUAACAUGUGUAUGAUUCAUCAACAAAGACAUUACUUGGAAAUAUAACGCUGCCACAUGAACAAGAUAAUUAAAAAAGUUGAGGACAUUAGUCUUCAUGUCAAUUACAUAACUUCUGAUAUGGGUCCAGGAAAUGGUAAGAUAUGGAAAUGUGGAAUAAAUGUGGGACGGUAUUCUAGUGUUAAAAAUUAUAUACCUCAUCCUUCUAAUCCCGAUGAGUCCUAUAUUUUAUUGCAGACACAUCUUUUGAAAAAUUUAAAAGAAUCAUUGUUUUCAAAUCAAUUUUUUCUGUUGCCGGAACAAAUCGUUACCAAAUAUAACUUACCAUCAAAUAGAGUUGAAAGUGCACAUUUUAAUGACUUAAUUGAAUCUCAAAAAGACUUAGAAUUUUACCUAACACCUAAAUUACGUCACGAUGAUAUUCAUUGUACUAACACUUAUAAUAAAAUGCGUGUCAAUAAAGCACAGUCUGUUCUCUCAAUCCAUGUCAGUAGUUCUUUAGAAUUUUUAGCUAAAGAGAAUCAGAAACCAGAGUUAUAUACUACCGCGUGGUUUGUGAAACAAAUGUCCAGGUGGUUCUCAUGA